UCGAGGUCAUAGGGUUUUCUUUGUCUAAAUUUUAUUGCAAAAAAGUUUUUCUUGAGUGCCUUCGCUUUCGUUCUUUUACUAAAGUAUAGACUUUAUUUUAUAAAUGAAACAAAGAUAUAAGAAAUUAUAAUACAUGGAGUUAUUCAUCAAGCCAUAUUUGUAUAUCAGUGGCACAUUAUGGUGGUGUUUAACAAUUUUCUGGCUACCUGUGAUUUGCAUUUAUCACUUUUUUAUAAGGAAGUAUCGUCGUCUUAGUGAGAAACAGGACGUCAUAUUUGAUUCUAAGGAGGAGAAGACGGAUCCUUUAGGAAAUAAGUCGGAUUCUUCAGAAGGAGAGCUUGGAUAUCCAGGAGAGGAAUCAGACUGCCCAGAAAGAGAUUUAGACGAUUUUGAUUCUUUGGAAGAGCUCGAAUCCGAUUUUUUAGUUCCAAAAGUGGAUGCAAACACAGCCGAUCACAAUUUGCGUGUAAGGCAAAUUGGGAAUCUCGUCCAAACCAUUAACAGACAGCUGAUAAUUCUCCACGAGAAGUACACCCCGAGGACCCCUGAAGAGUGUUUCAAUGCAAGGCGCCAGAAGAAGCUGUGGAAGAUGCGACGCGGGCAGCGGUCCCAGGAUAACUGAUGCAAUAACUUCAAUCGAAAGCGUAUUUUUCUAUAUCACCUUUUCAUAGAUUUUAUAAUUCCAAAAUUUACUUUACAAAUAUAAUUUUGACAUUGCGCUAUCUCAGCUCCCUCCCCCUUUAA